AUGACUCUAUCAGAUAUCUCGUCGGAUCCAUCAGUCAAAAAAUGGUUUAAAUGGUAUCUUAUUUUAUUAAUUGCAAGAGCGCCCAAGUCUUACUUCUGGAGCGCCUUUCUAUCCUUGAAUCCAUUGAUUCGUAAGAUGAUUCAAAAACUUAAUGGAGAACAUUUGAAGAAUAGAAGUAAGAAGAUCUGUAAACAAAAUAUAGCAGGAAUUUCGAAUGCUAUCAGCUGUGGGUUUUUGUAUUUGGCAACUGCAAGUAAUAAUAAAAUUCCUAAAGAUUAUUUUCUGAUUUAUCUAUGGCUCAAUUAUUUUGGAAAUUUGGAUAGGCCGUCUUCACCUAGGAUCUUGACAUCUCAACGAAUAUCACCUUAUUUAAAGAUUGAUUCUUACAAAGGAAGUCUAAUGGAAAAAAUAUACCAAAAGAAGAAUCUAAUAAUUUUUCCCCUAGUUUAUGCUCAGAUUUUGUCAUAUUAUUUGACUCCUACAAAGUAUCGAUUGAACCAAAGAUAUUUAUCAUCUUCUAUUAAAUCUAAGAUCUUGAAUCCAAUUUGGAUAAAUUUUACUUUAGGUGCAAAUGAGCGUCAUAUUAAUUUGACGGGUCUACUAAAAUUCUAUUCUAUUCAUAAUUUUGCAUUUGGAAUAUUGAUAGCUGCUAUAUCUUUCAAGGAGAAGUUUUUGGACGCAUUCUAUGAAGUUAAGUUUGGCUUGAAGGAAGGGAAGACAGGUAAAGAAGUUAUCAAAAAUUAUUUAAUGUACGUUGCACACAAGUCCAACUCAAUCGUUAAUUUCAUAUAUGUGCCAAAUUUAAUCGCUAUGUUCUUAAUCUCAUUGACAGCCCCAGUAUUUUCAAUUCUAAAUAAUGCUUCAAACUUGAGAAUAAGACGAACCUAUGCCGAUCACAUUAAAUUGGUCUUCAAAAUCUAUAUUAAGACAAUUGGAUUCAUAUCUGCAUUUAUCACUCUUUACGUCAAUUCCUUGGAUCUAGUUCCGAACUACGGCUACGAAAACGUUAAAGAAGAAGGGAAUAUACGUCGUAUUUCAUUUUUAAAUGCAUUAAAUUUAUAUUUGAUACGUCUAAUGUUGCUAUCGAAAUGGAGAAUCGUUAAAGAAAAUCAUCCCACCUUCAAGUUACUAAACAUCACAACCUGGUAUAAGAUGGAGGCACUAUUGAUGUCUUUAGGAGUUUAUAAGCUAAUGAGCUUAAAUGAUUUCAUCAGAAAUCAUGCUGCCAAUCCCGAAGACGAAGAUGAAUGCAAUAGAUUGAAAAAUGAAAGUUUAUUGAAACUUGUAAAUAGAAUCAUGUAA